AUGUUGAGAAUAAGCCGCAUUAUCGCUCUCUUGGCCCUUUCUGCAGUUGCAGUAGCAAGCCCACUCUCAGCCCCAGGAAAGUCUAACCGGCCCAUUGAAGUUCUCAGUGGACGAAAUGCCACCAUGUUCUUACGUGCAAAUUCGGAGAGCUCUCCGAUCAAGAAUGUAAAGUUUUUGUGA